AUGGCUUGUUCUCUGAACACCAUCUCGACUAUCGAUGAUUUACCACGAAUUCGAGCAGUGCUUCUCCCUCAUUUACUCAAAUCUGUCAGUGAAGCUGAAUAUCCAACAACUGACACGGAUUUCACCGAAGAUGAUGAACAACAACCAACGUCGGAAAGUGUUGCUAGAACAGCAGCGCUACUCUCCACAGAGACAAAGAAAAAGAAGAAAACAAUCGGUGAACGAACUCAAUGGUUACGCGAAUGUCAAAUAGCAUUUUCUCCGGCAUUAAAUCUUCUUGUUACUGCUUUCGAUCAGCAGAUCAUUGUUUCCACAGCAAGAAAUAAAACUUCAAGUCAUGAACAGUCAAACUUUACGACGUCCUUUGAGACAAAAUUACAAGUUGAAUCUAAUGAGAGAAUUGCCAGUAUUCUUUGUUUACCAAUUGCUUCGAAUACUAGAAGAUCAUCACCGGAAUGGACGUGUAUUAUUAUUGGUUUCAGCACCGGUUAUGUUCGAAUGUAUAACGAAGAUGGAGUAUUAUUAUUUUCUCAGAUAUUUCAUGAUGAACCCGUAGUUAAGUUGAAAUGUCAUACACAAUUUCCCUCACAUAUUCGAAGUUUAACAGAACAGCCUGAUGAAUUAUAUAUUCAAUAUCGUUCAUCAAUUCUUGUUGCUAUUGAUGGUUUAUCAUUGUAUCAAUUAUUGAAAGUUUGUCGAGAACAUGCGUUGAAAUCUACGAAUAUGUUAUCAUCAUCAUCACCACAAUUGUCGUUUAAAAAAUGGGGUUUUCCCGAUCAAAACCAAGUCUACGAUUUCGCUCCUGCAGGAUUAAUCACGGAUAAUCGUUUCGAUCAAUUCUGUGUUGCUUCUAUGACUGGUGGUUAUCAAGCACAAAUUCGCUCGGUUCCACCUCUCUUUACUCGUUUGAUAACUGUCGGUGUUGAGCCAUAUUGCAAUUUUUAUUAUUGUGCAGAAGGUGCGCAAGUGCCUCAUCUAACAGAAGUCGCCUUUGCAGUUGUUGAUAAGUUCAAAAGUUCCUUUAUAUCUGCCUUUAGUCGAUUGAUGCCGACUAAACAAACAUCAAGUUCCGACACUCAAAAGCCUAAAAUCGAGUCGGAGACUAAACUUGAUAGUAGAUUUGGCAUUCGUGAUUUACGUCGACAUGGUGAGAAGAUCAUCGUCUCACCUGGUCUUCACAUAGCUGCAGUUUGUGAUAGUUUCGGUCGAAUUAUUGUUUAUGAUAUUCAUCGAGGCAUUGCUAUUCGAAUAUUUAAAGGCUAUCGAGAAGCAGAAAUUGGUUUUAUACAAAUUGAAGAAGCGACAACACGUGAUGCAUCGAUGAGUUUAUCUUCGAAAAAAUCUGCUCUUUUCCUUGUCAUUCACGCGCCCAAACGACAAUUAGUUGAAAUCUGGGGUUGUCAACAGGGAGCACGUGUUGCUGCUUUCAAUGUAUCGAAAAAUAGUCAUUUAAUUUAUCUAGAACAUUACACUCUCGGAUGGUCGAGCAGUGGAUCGAAUUCAUCGAAAUUAUCUCAAUAUAAACAAUGUAUUUUAUUGGAAGAAAAUGGAGAGAUCAAAACAUUUCAAAUUCCUUUCCAUCUUAUUCUAAGUGAUCGAAAUAAUCAACGUGCACAUGACAUUAUGAUCGUACGUCAAAUUCGUCGUCUUCUAAAGGACGCGAAUGGCGAUAAUGAAUCAUUAAGAAAUGAUAUUAGUCAACAGUUGAAACGAUUGAUCUCACUCGAGUGUCAAUCGGAAAUUCUUGGUCUUCUGUUUCACGCUGAUUACCUCGAUUUAGGUACAAUUCGUCGGUUUAUCGAGGAAAUUUUAAGUGAUUUGGAGAAAAAUUCGUAUCAUCACAAUCCACAAGAUUGUGUCCAUCUACAAGAAUUUUGUAAUAAUGCAUCGACUCUACUGAACAUUUACACGGUUAUUGAACAGUAUCGAACUGAUCAUCAAGCAUCGAUAUCGAUAAACGAGAAAUUCUUUUCCAAAGAAGAUUUUCAAACUGAACUUCAGUUGACUGAUGAGGAAACAACUCUAUAUUAUCGACUAUUCGAACAGGAAUUUCAGAAACGUCUGAAUAAUCCAAAGAAGAAAGUUCAUUUCAUCGCUGAUGAGAACGAAGACGUUCUAAGUACGAAUUAUACUUUCGGUCAAUUCCAAUCGAUGUUUGUAUCAUCGCGUCAUUCGCACGCAAUGAAUGAUCAUCUGGAAAUCAAAUCAACUAUCAAUUCCGAUGAAUUCUCACUUCUUGGUUCGUAUUUAUUCUCUUCGUGGUUAUGGUACAAUGAGAAAGACGAUUUCGAAGAGAAAUUCCGUGCCUAUUUACGAUUACUUCAUUUGAAAAAUGACGAUCUUGUUCUACUCUGUUUACAUUCAUUACUUUCUAUUCCCUUAAAUCUUCCACAAUCAAUUCAAAUAUGGAAACAAAUCUUUUCGAUUAUCUAUUCAAUUAAUCAGAAUAAAGUUUUGUUAAAAACAACAUUGGAGAAAACGACCAAUGCAUUGACGGCGCUUCUGCUAUCUUUAAUCUUUCGAUUGUAUGACACUGAGAUCGACACUUCACUUCUCAUACGUCGUUUGUCAGCAUUGGUAGCGAUACAAAAUUUCUAUUCCUCGAUGAAGACCAUCGACCAACGUGACCCAUCGUUUGAUACCACAACCAACGAAUUCACGGUUCAAUCAGUUUUCAUCACGCAUCGACCUGAUUAUUUACUCGAACUUGUGACACGUCGAAUCAUCAAUGCAAAUAUUCCGUCAACAUGGUUAUCAACGAAUUCUGAUGAAGCGAACGAAAGUGCAUUCCAAAGUAAUUUAGCCAUUUGUCGACAAAUUCUCCCGCAUACAUUCGAACCAACUGUUCUUUUGAUAUAUUCCUGUUGGAUUUCAAUGAAUAUGUGGAACAAACAGUUAAUAUCUGCGACUAAUCGAACAGCGACUGAACUUUUUCAUCUUUCAUUAACUUUUUAUAAUCAAAUUCAAAUCGGAAUCAUCAAACAAAACAUCGGUUCACUCUUAUGGCACACUUAUAUCCGUUCUCGAAUCGUCACACUUACCCAAUUAAUUGAAAAGAUUGGCAAAAUUCCCAAAGAUCGUAUAUGUUACAAAGAACUUCGAUUAAAUGAACACGACUUGACAAAUUUCUUGGACGAACUAUCGAAGAAUUUCUUCAACAAAUUCAUCGAAUCGAUCUAUAAUCAAUUAAAUGAAAUUCCUAUUUUUAGCAUUGACAAUGUUUGGCAAAUCAAUUUGAAUUCAUCCUCGUCCGACCAUUUAGUUGAACCAGUCUCUCCAUUCAUCAAUCUUUACACAACAUCCUCAUCGUCUGAACCGAAUGAUCAACAAACUUCUUUACUCGAAAUCGUCAUGGAACAAAAACCUGCGAACGGCCAUUUGGUUUUACAUCAUGAAAAACUAAUCCUUAUUUUGUACUAUCUUAUGUAUUAUCAUAUCAAAUCUUUUCGACCGUUUUCUCUCUUCGAUACAAAAGGUGUUCACGCGUUUUUCACCGAUCUCUAUUCUCAUCCACUAGUGACUGUUGAUGUCGAUGGAACGGUUUCCAGCAAGAGACAACUGUUUUUUGAACGCUUGCUUAACACAGUCUUCGAACAACAUGGCAUGACGAAGCCAUUUGAUGAAAAAAUCGUCGAAAAUAUCAUCCGGUUAUCAACAGACAUGCUCGUCGAUCAUGAGUAUAUUCGUCGGCAUUAUAUUUCCCUUCUAUACGCAUACAACUACGAUGAUCUAGCAACACAUGAAGAAAAUCGCAUUCAAGACAGACAAGCCCUCGCUUUUCAAUUACUUACAAUAGCUGGUUUAAGAUUAAGUCUUCUCAUCGGUGAUAUUAAUGAUGCAACUACAAGUAAAAUGUCUUCGAAAGCUCUGGAAGUUCGUGCGAAGAUCUCGUCAACAUUGAAAACCUGGAUGAUAUCAUUACCGAGUUCAGUGGAUUAUAAAGUUCACCCAUGUUCAUGCGAAACGAUCGAAACAAUGUUAACAAGAAUCGGGUGUUAUCUACCACAGAAUAAUUCAAGUUUAGCAAGUUUAGCACAGGAAAUGAUGGCACUUGUACAUCUACUCAAACGAUAA